AUGACAUAUGGGUUCCCGCGAGAACAACAGACGCUGAAGAACCACUUUUACUUCACCGACUUCGAGCGCCACAACGCAGAGAUCGCCGCCUUCCACCUCGACAGGCUGUUAGGCUUCCGACGAGCUGUUCCGAUAGUGGGGCGAGUCGUCAACAUGACCCGAGAGCUGUACGCGUUUGCUCAAGGCGAACUCCUCAAGACGUUCUUUAUCUCACCUGACGGCAAUCUCUGCUUCCAUGGGAAAUGCAGCUACUACUGCGACACCGCCCAUGCCAUCUGCGGCAACCCGGACCUUCUGGAGGGCUCCUUCUCCGUGUAUCUCCCUGGCAAGGAGGUGGCUCCCCGCAGGGUGUGGCGCCAUCCCUGGAGGAGGAGCUACCACAAGCGACGCAAAGCGCAGUGGGAAGUGGACGGCGACUACUGCCAGCUGGUGCAGGAGGUGCACCCGUACACCGACGGGCGGAGGCUGCUGGACAUGGCCGACAUGGCCGUGCUGGACUUCCUCAUGGGAAACAUGGACCGGCACCACUACGAGACCUUCAAGAUGUUCGGCAACAACUCGGCGCCCAUCCACCUCGACCAUGGGCGUGGCUUCGGGCGGGCGUUCCACGAUGAGCUGUCAAUCCUUGCUCCUCUCCGGCAGUGCUGUGUGAUUCGCCUCUCGACCCUCGCGACCCUUCUCAGGUACCAUUCCGGCCCGGCGCCCCUGAGCGCAGCGCUGCGAAGCUCCUUGAGCGCUGAUCCCCUGAGCCCCGUCCUGUGGGAGCCGCACCUGCUCGCCCUCGACCGAAGGCUCGGCCUCGUCCUGCGGGAGGUGCGCCACUGCCUGCGGAAGACCCGCGAUCCUUCACAAGUCAUUGUCGAGGACUUCCACUAG